GCGCCCCCUGGUGGCGCGCGCGCCAAGGGCCAGGAUUUCCCCUCGCUCGGUGGCGGUGCGCCCGCCGCGAGGCCCGCCCCCGCGCCGAAGGCCUUCCAGAUGGCGGCGGAGGCGUUCCCUGGCCUGGGGGGCUCGUCGGCCUCCUCGGGGCCUGCCGCGAAGUGGGGCGCGCAGGGCAAGGGCGGCGCUGCGCCCGGCAGGGUCGCCGACGGCUGGUCCGAGGCCGCCGAGCGUGUCCAGGAGACCGAGCCGCUGCAGGCGGCCGCGGCGCCGAGUGCGGCCGCGGCGGUGCGCUCAGCGCCGCGGACCUUCGACGGCGUCGGAGACGCCGCCUUCCCAGGCCUGGGCCCGGCGGCCAACUCCCGCGGCGGCGCGCCCGAGCCCAAGUGGGGCUCGCGAGCGCUGCCGCCCGAGAGCCUCAGGACGGCGGAGCCGCCCAGGCCCCCCGAGAAGCCCGCGGAGCCCGAGCCCCCGAAGGAGUUCCAGGGCAUCGAGGCGGCUGCCUUCCCCGACCUGCCCAUGGGCGCUCCGAGGCCCAAGCCCAAGUCGGCCGCAGCCAAAGCCGGCGCCGCGGCUGCAGCCAAAGCCGCGGCUGCCAAGGCGGCGGCGCAGCGGGCGGCCGCCAGGGCUUCGUCCAGCGCUGCUGCCGCUCCUGUCCCGACGUCCUGGGACGAAGGCGACGACUCGCCGACUGCAGGACCUGAGCCCGAGCGCGAGAAGGAGACGCUCGUGGUCAUCCACGAUCCCCUCGCUGCGGUGGCCGCCUCCGAGGAGCUCAACGCUGCUCGAGCGGCCAACAGCAAGAAGAAGGGGCAGAAGGGAAACAGGAGCAACCGGAUCUCCCUCAACGCGUGGACCGAGGGCCCGCCGCGGUGACGCCGCGCGCGUGCGUGCCGGGCUCCGUGGCCUCGGGACGCGAUGGGCCGGGCGAGGUGAAGGGGCAUGGAGAGCCGGCCGUAUUAUCUCACCCAUGUGCGUAGUAGCUUGCUCGGCGGCCUCUCUUGCACAGUAUGGCGCACGCCUCCGCUUUUCUGCGCCCGCUUGCCUACAGUUUUCGAUCC